CAUUAUUCUUGCUUUAUGAGUGCUUUUUGGUAACAGCUGACAUCACGAGUAAGACAUUUCCUAAUAUGUGAGUUAUUACACUUAAUAUCCAUAAUAUUAAUACCUCCAAUAACAAGAUUUGGAAUUUGUUGGACAGCUGAAUUAUACAUGAGAUUUACUUUCACAAGGCAAAGCAAUUUAGGGGAAAUGCUUUUCACAACCAAAUUAUAAUUUCUACAGGAAGAUUCAAUCCCUGAAAAAGAAACAAAUCUCACCAUCAAUAUUUAAUAAGUCUGAAAUAAAUAUAAUUCCCUUAUCAAACCAUUCUUUUUUAAAUAUACUCUUGUUUUCAGCCAAUACAAAUUGGUUAUUCCAAAGGAUGCACGUAUGUGGAGAAAAAUGAUGCUUAAAGGCUAUUUUCCAUGCUUCUAAUGAUUACUUAUGAAAGUUAGAUAAUUUUAUGGGAAGUUUACUGUAUUUGAAAUCACACGAUAGUAGAAAGCGUAAUCCACCACAAUUUUCAAAAACAAAUUGGGGAUAUACAACUAUAUAGAUUUACUCUGGGCCAAACAAUGUUUAAUCCAAUUGAUUUAAAAAAAUAUAUAUUAAGAGUGCUAAAAUCAAGGACAUUAAACCCACCCUCUGAAAAAGUUCUAACAAUAGUUUUUCUUUUUCACAUAUUCAUUUCUAUUCUUCCAGAUAAACUUAAAUAAAGCCCUAUCAAUAUCAGAACAUAUUUUAGGAUUUACAUACAACGACAGAGCAGGAUUUACCAGCCUCGAAAUUCCCUCUAUUUUGUAGAGUCACAUGCAUGGCUAAAGAAUACAAUUUUUCCCCCAGUGUGCAUUGCGCAGAGAGCUGCUUUUUAAAGAUGGCGCUGCACGGUAGUCCAGUAUGACCAGUUCUCUGUUGUCGUCUGUAAAACUAUGACCUGAAAAAGAUAGAUCCAAAAGCUAUAUUAUAACACAGAAGACAUUCCAAUAUUGUCGGACUAGCCCGUUUUAGCGUUAGUGGAGUGAAAUGCCUUCUCCUAAAGCGCGGAGCGGCGCGGCGCGCAGCGGCAGUGUUCCGUGCGCCGGUGGAAACGGACGCUACGAGUUUAUCUCUCUGAGCCGGACUCCCCCGCCGCACCUGCUGCAGAGGCAGGGCUCCGAUCCCACUGCGGCCCGGCUCCGAGCCUCCGAGAGCCCCAGCCGGCGACGCGGCUCGGGGUCGUCCAACUCCUCCACCGGCGGGCAGCAGUUACCGGAGGAAGACUGUAUGAAACUGAACCCGUCCAUCAUUGGGAUCGCGCUCAGGUCUCUGCUGGCCAUCGACCUGUGGCUGUCGAAGCGCCUCGGGGUGUGCGCGUGUGAGGACGCGUCCUGGGGCAGCGUGCGGCCGCUCAUGAAGCUCGUCGAGAUCUCCGGACACGGGAUCCCGUGGCUGGCCGGUGCCGCAUACUCCCUGUACAAAAGCGACAGCGCCGCCGGUCAGGAGGUCAUGCUGAACCUGCUCAUGGCCUUGGUUCUGGACCUGGUCCUGGUCGGCGCGAUGAAAGCUAUAGUACGGCGGCGACGUCCUGCCCAUAACCGUAUGGACAUGUUUGCCACGUUCUCUGUGGACGGCUAUUCCUUCCCAUCAGGCCAUGCCACACGUGCUGCAAUGUGUGCCCGCUUUCUAUUGGCCCAUCUGGUGCUGGCGGCCCCACUCCGCUUUCUUGUCCUGCUCUGGGCCACAUUUGUUGGUUUUUCUAGAGUCCUACUCGGACGGCAUCACGUGACGGACGUCGCGUUUGGUUUCCUCAUGGGCUAUUGGCAAUAUAAUUUGGUUGAGAUGCUCUGGUUGUCUCCAGUCGUGUUGCAAAGCGCGAUUGGACAGCUUCAGUGAGAAGCUAAGACUGAGGUCCCCAUUAUUUGAGGAUCUUGACACAUUCGUUUGCUGCCAGUAUGCCGGUAAUAAUUCCAUAAUGUCUGUCAAGUUGCUUUAUUUGAGCUUAUCUCGUUUUCUUGAAUGUAAAGUCACCUAUCAUCUGCCAGUAAUAUCCAAGGUUUUAGGUUCACAUUAGAUCAUACUGAACAGAUGAAUGAGUUUAAGUUGGAGAAGUGUAAACAGGUUUCAGAAGCUGUUUCUCUCCUUCUUCUGUCAGUACUGUCAGUCUUAAUGAAUCAGCUGCCAUCCUGUUUGGCUCUUUUGAGGGUUGGUCCUUAUCAAAGCAGGAUGGGUGGGGCGACCUCUGGCUUCUAUAUCAUUACACUGAUAUCAAUCCUCUGAAAAAGUCUUUUGUGUGUGUUUUAAAGCUCUGUUCUGUGUUUGUGUCUCAAAAGAGUGAAAUUGUUUAUUUUGCUGUGCUUUUAUUGUGACCGUGUUAACCACUGUUAAAUUCUAUUGCACUUUCUGAGUCAAUCUUAUUAUUCUAUAGAUGUUUGCUGUAUUUUGCUAUGGUCUAAUUCAAAUUUGCUGGUUUUUAAUUGGGUUAAAGCCACAGCUGUAGAGCCAUAAAUCACGUGAUAUGCUGCAAAUUGUUGCCAUAUAUCACAGGAGGACCUGUCAUAAUGACCAUUUGGUUGCAAUAAGCAGGUUUAAAUUGCACCAACAAUUUUAUGUUUGUGAAAGAAGAAAUUUUCAAAUGUAAUUACUUAAGUGAUUAAGACAGUGGGGGGGGGGGGGGGGUGACUUUCCCAUUUGCGUUUUUGCAUUGACUUUUUACAAAUGUUAAGACUUAGUUGUUGACAAUUGAAAAUAACUGUCACUCUACUACUACUUCAUGUAUGUUUAUAUGGCCAAAAAUAUAUGUACGCUCUUAUAACCAGGUUUGGCUGUUCCUUUAAUUCCACUGAGCACAGUCUUAAUGCUACACAUGCACUGACGUUAUAAAGAACUGGCUUCCAACAUUGCAGCAACAGUUUGUCCUCGCAGAAAUGUCUGGAAUAGCCAAACCCAUUAUUUCUAAGUGUCUACAUAUUUUUAGAUAUAGUACAUCUUAUUGUCACAUUCCACUGGUUGUGCAGAAGAACUGAAUAGGAAAAAUAACGAUUAUAUAUAGACAAUAUAGAGUUUGAUAACUCUGUAUUGUACAGUGUCUUUCUAUAUUGCAUUAUACUGUAUAUGUGAUAACAAUAGUGUAUUUUUUUCCAUUUCAUUUUCAUUCCACUUUUUUUUUCAAGCAGGUGUUAAUUCUGUCAUUUCCAUUUGUUUCGGUUGUUUUGUUUGUUUUAAUCAGCAUGUGAAUGUCUGCAUGUAUUUUUAAUGAGAAUUUCUCACAUUCUGUUUAACCCUUUCAGGCUGGUUGAACAGUUGAAAGAGACUUUUGAAACACUGUCAGGCUGACUGUCGGCUUUAUCCAGUCAUAAGUCUUCCUCUUUUAAAGUACUGUGGCAUCAAAGAUAUUUUGACUAAUCCACCCCAAAAACAAAAGAUUUUUCUUCUUUCUUUGAUAUGAAAUAUUUCUUCUCUGACAGCACACACACUCAGAAUGAUUCACAGUAAUACAUUUCUGGUGAAGGUUGUGGGCAUUUUGACUGUUUUAAGAGAGCCAUAUGCAUAUUUUUCCUUCGCAAUAACGGUGUUAUUUCUUCAAAGUGAAUUCUUUGAUCCUCUGUGCAAUAUCACAGUUGACAUAUGGCAACCAAUAAUGUUAUUUUUAAAUUGCAAUAACUUUGUGCUGUUUUAGUGAUGGUUGUUUGCUAGGUACCAUGCUUGUUCUUUUUUUUCUUUAGGAAGAUAUUUUUAUUUAAUUCACGGGUUUUGGGUGUACAGUCAUUUUAAAUGGCUUCACCAGCUAUUUCACAAUCUGACAUCUGAUCAUUGUGUAGUCUUGCAGUGACAAGUGGCAAUUUACAUUCACCAAAGUCAAAUUAACAAGGGAUAUUCAUAAGCUUAUUGUGGUGCCUGCUAUGACUGUUGAUUAUACGUGUGAUGUAAAAUAUACUCUACAUCCAUCAUAAUGUGAUUGUAUUUUCUAAAUAAAUAUGAAGACAUCUAA